AUGGGGAGCACGCAGAUCCACUGGAUGAAGCGCUACCGUACGGAACUGGCCGCGUCUACAUCUAGUGUGCUAUCCACUUUCGUAGCUUUUCCAUUGGACUCAGUGAAGACGCGUAUGCAGACCUACAAAUACAACAGCUUCGCCGAUUGCGUUCGACGAACCUACAAAACUGAGAGUUAUCGCGGUUUCUUCCGAGGGGUCACGGCACCAAUGGCUAGCGUCACUGUGGUCCGAACGGUCUCCUUCUCUAUGUACCAAAAAUCAAAAUACACAUAUGCUGGUUGGUUCAAGAGGAAUUUCGGGGUAGACCCGCUGUUAUAUGUCAACACCCCAGGAAACUAUCCGAAUCUGGUCACCCUUGCAUGCUUUGGAGCGGCUGGAGCUACAGCCGGAUCUUUCAUAACUUUGGUAGCUUGUCCUUUCGAGUUGACCAAACUCAGUGCUCAGGUCUCGGUCCUUAUGGCUGAUCGCAAUGCCUCCAGUGUCUCGGAACCUUCGACUGGGCGAAAGGUGGCAGCCAGCUAUCAGAAUAAGGGCACUUUCAAGACCGCUCAAAACAUUGUGAAGCAUCGUGGAUUUGCUGGACUGUAUUCAGGUUUCAACCUUCACUUGCGCACAUCAAUUUACUUCAUGACCUACGAAAGCAGCAAGCAACUCCUCACAACCUACCGGAAAGACAACUCAACGACAAAUCCUUUUGCCGUUGUGGUCGCGGGCGGACUUUGCGGAGCUGCAAGUUGGGCCAUGAUCUACCCUAUCGAUUCGGCUAAGAGCAUCUACCAACGAAAUUGCCUCACACAAUCCAUAGGAGAGAAACCCAAAGAGGCACCGAAAAUCCAGUUUUUCAACAAGAGAAUGUACAGAGGUCUGGGCGUUAGCAUGGGGCGAUCAUGCGUUGUCAACUCGAUUUUUUUUUCUGCUUUUGAAUUUACGAAAAAGAAAAUCAAUGCUAUCGAUGAGUAG